UACACAUGUAAAACAGACAACUUCCGGUUUGACUAUCUGCUGUGAAUGAGUGCUAGGUAAAGAACAUGGCAGAUGUGAAUAAAUUGGUGUUUUCCAUUGUAAAAUUUUUAAAGGACCAAACAACACAGGAAAAUUUAUCAGAAGAUUCUAUAGAGAGCCUAGAAGUUGCUAUCCAGUGUUUGGAGUCGGCCUACAAUAUUGACACCCAGGAUGAGUCACAUAUUGCUAAAUAUCAAGUACAGAGGAAUCUUCUAGACAUUUUCAAUUCACAAAUAAGCUCAGAGCCUGAAUCAGAAUUUUCCACUCUCUCACUACAUGAACCUACUCCAGAAGAGAAGGAGCAAGCUGAAAAGUUAAAGAAUGAAGGAAAUAAUUUCAUGAAGGAAGAGAAAUUUUCAGAUGCUUUAGAAUGCUAUUCACAGGCAAUAAAACUUGAUAAUAAAAAUUCAGUUUAUUACUGUAACAGGGCAGCGGCUUAUAGUAAGCUGAAUAAAAACAUACAAGCUAUCGAAGAUUGUGAACGAGCUUUGAACAUUGAUCCUCAGUAUUCUAAAGCAUAUGGUAGAAUGGGUAUUGCUUAUACAGCAUUAAUGGAUCAUGAGAGUGCUAGAGAAUGCUACAGAAAAGCAUUAGAAUUAGACCCAACUAACCAGUCAUACCAAAACAACCUAGAAAUAGCAGAGCAAAAGUUAAAGGAAGCAGCAAUGCAGGCUGGAUUUAACAUGGGUCCUAUGGGAAUGGGAAACAUGGAUUUUGGUCAAAUGUUGAACAAUCCUGCUCUCAUGAAUAUGGCGCAGUCAAUGAUGCAGAACCCAAACAUGCAACAAAUGAUGGCCAAUUUCAUGUCAUCAAUGUCAGGUGGUGGAGCAGGAAGUCAAGGGGGGCCAGAGGGGCAGGGUAGUCCACCUGGGGGGAUGGGAAAUAUCCUUGAAGUAGGUCAGCAAUUAGCCCAACAGAUGGAACAAACCAACCCUGAGCUUGUGGCACAGCUACGAUCACAGUUUGGUCGAGGGCCUCCUCCAGGAAGUAACCCCGGCCAACAAAAUGGUGAUAACGAACCUCCAAAAUGACAACAUAAAACUUAGAUUCUACAGUUAAAUAGAGAGAAAAGAAAAACUUCAGAAGGGCAUGUUUAAAUUGACAUUUCAGAAAGUAUGUUGCUGUUGAUAUGGAAGAGGAUAUAACAAGGGAGUUGAAUUUUUUUUUUUAUAUUAAAAUUGAAGGAAAAAGACUAUAUUGCCUUGUACAUUUAUAAGAAAAAAAAUUAGAUUAAUCAUUAUUGUUUCUAUUAUAUCUCAAACAGUAAUAUACACAUUUUUUUCCUGCAUUUCACAAUUUUUUAUAGUCAAAAAAAUGUGUUACAAUUGAUUUUCUAAUUUUAAUUGUAUGAAAACUUUUAAGAUCUGAUGCGCAUUUUGAAUUUAUUAACAUGUAUCAAGACAUUUGCAAUUAAGUUUUAUUUUCAGUUGUUUUUGUUGCUUGAAAAGAAUAGUUUUUGGGGGAAAAAUGUUCAAAAAAAUGCCUCAAGCAAAGAUUGUUUACAAGUGCUAGCAUAACAUUUAGAUAAUUUAAAAAAAAAGUAUUUUAUUAAAUUUGCAUUUAGAGAGUAUCAAUACUUGAACUGUUGGGCAUCCAGUUUUUAAUAACAUUAUGAUAUCACUUGUAUUGUUGAUAAAACGUAGAUAUGCUUUCAAUACAGAGAAUAGUAAACCUUAAUUAGUACUCGCAGUAGUGAAGAUCCUUGUGGUUUCUGUCCAAUGCUUUUAAAGGAUACUUAGAACAUAAUUUUUUUAAUGUCAUCUCAACAAGAAUUUUCUCCCUUAUGUUGUGUGCUUUAAUGCAAGAAAAUUAUUUUUGCAGAUGACGAGAUACUUCUUUUUAUAAAUUAAACAAAGGGGAAAAUUUGUUGCUUCGAUCCAAUUACUUUGUGCAUCUUUGGAGAAAAGGAAAAUAAGAUAUAAUUGUGUUGUUGUUCCACAAGGGUUAUUUACCAGGAGAAUUGGAGUAUAUUGAAGGCAUGCUCCAGAUUUGGUGUUGGUUAACUGUAAAUUUAUGUUGUAAGGUAUUCUAUAUUGACCUACAAAUCCAUCCAUGUUGUUCACUAAAGUCAUCCCAAGUAACUGACACACAUAUUUUUGUACCAGUGAUAGUACCAUUAUGUAUCUAAAAUAAAUAUUACUGGUGUAAA